UCACAGGGCUUGUACCUGACACGCGGCGUCGGUAAAUGCAGCGACCCAGAGGGGAAGUGCGGUUCUGUUUAGGGCUGGGCCCUGACAGCAAGGCAUAGCGCCUUGUGAAGUCCCGGAGGAGCCUUAAUUGGCCAAGACACUUGGCAUCAAGGCAGCAACCCCGGGGGGAUGCGAUUCAAGAGCGGACUCGAGAAUCAAUGGCUAAGGCCGUAGCAAAUCACCUAGUGCCGGCAAACGCUCCAGCAACCGGUCAUGCCCCGCACGGGACUGGCGAAGCUGGGAAGGCCGCCGAUCCGACAGGGACACCGAGCACUGUGAGCCCUUGUUCUUCAACUGGCCGGCCGCCGGCACCAACCCAACAAAGGGAGAGCAUGCUUCCUGGAAGGCCUCCGCCUUCCCCUGGGCAAAGCACCGCGCAACCAAACGGGUGAAGUCGCCGAUCACGAUGCUGGACCUUGAGCCGGGGGAGGGCGUGAACAUCGCGGCGCUUGGCCGGCGGCCCCGACACGCCGUAACGCAUCGACUUCCUGAGGCGGCACUAGGGACCAGUCGGUACGCCCAGGAAGCCCUGCUCCAUGCCUUCCUUGGUGAGAGCCUUGCUUCCCAGCUCAGUGCGCUGACGAGGACCGGGCCUCGAGGACUCCAACAGGCCCCGUGUGCGCAGCCACCAGUGGUCAUGCCCCCCUUGCCCAAGCACCCGCCCUGGACUUUCUAGGCACUACUAGUGUAUCCUGCCCCUGCUCCGGCUGCGCAAGGUCAAUCCCCAACUCCUGCUGUCCCCGCUCCGGUGCCCACACCCGCCGAUGGCGAGGGGCGUGCCAGCCCCCUGCCCACACACGUCCCUGCCCUUGGGCUUGCCAAGGAGCGCGCGUUGGCUCGCAGCGAGAGCGCCGAGCUGAGCUGCGACAAACUGGGAGGGAGUAAAGGGCCGGCAUCAAAGAUCUCCCUGCUCUCCCCCCUCCGCCUGAGAAAUGAUAUUGGCUGUGCCUUCAGAGUCAUGCCACUCGAACUCAGACGCAGAGGCGUAGAACAAACGGACGAACGGGAGACAGCCCCGGG